AAGAAUUUCUAUAUAUGUAUAUAUAUAGCAUAUAGUCAACAUGAGCAAAGUAAGCAACAUCAUGCGUCUUGCGCUGCUGCAACUCAAGGGCUCCAAGGACAAAACGGUCAAUGUGCAAAAUGCUGUUAGCAAAAUAGAAGCCGCCGUCAGGGAGCACCAGCCCCGUCUGAUCACGCUUCCCGAGUGCUUUAACGCUCCGUACGGCACCAAAUACUUCCGCGAAUACUCCGAGACCAUACCAGAUGGCUAUACCUCGCAGCAGCUUUCGAAUCUCGCCAAGAAACAUCAGGUGUACAUUGUGGGUGGAACCAUUCCAGAGCUCGGCGAGAACGAUGCCAUCUACAAUACGUGUACGGUGUGGUCGCCCAGCGGCGAUCUGAUAGCCAAGCAUCGGAAGAUGCAUCUAUUCGACAUCGAUGUGAAGGGCGGCAUUCGCUUCAAGGAAUCGGAGACACUCUCGGCGGGCAAUGACUUUACCACCAUCGAUGUGGAUGGACACAAGAUUGGCAUUGGCAUCUGCUAUGACAUUCGCUUCGAGGAGAUGGCGCGUCUCUAUCGGAACGAGGGCUGUGAGAUGAUCAUCUAUCCGGCCGCCUUCAAUAUGACCACAGGACCCUUGCACUGGGAGCUGCUUCAACGUUCCCGGGCCAAUGAUAAUCAACUCUUUGUGGUAACCACAUCGCCGGCUAGAGAUCCCAGCGCUGAAUAUGUGGCCUAUGGCCAUUCGAUGAUUGUUGACCCCUGGGCCAAGGUCCAGAAGAGUGCCAGCGAUGGGGAGGAGACUGUGGUGGCCGACAUUGACUUCUCGCUGGUGGAGCAAGUGCGUCAGCAGAUUCCCGUCUUCAGCCAACGCCGCCUGGAUCUGUACGCCACCGCAAGAAAUGGCCAGUAAUUUUAAUGAUUGUUGAUUGUAUUGUAUAUAAAAUUGAAUAUAACUAAACAGAUUUCACAUUA